CGGCGGCGCAACCCUAAACCUAGGCCGUGAAGCGAUGACGUCGAAGUGGUCGGGCAGCCCGAUGAAGUCCACGGGCUCGAGCGCGAUGGCGAGCGGCAGGAGGGUGUGCCCGUCUUGCCUGGUUCCUUUGGUGCGGAUCCAGAGCCGUCAGAAGGACACAUUUGGGCAGUGGUUCUUGAAGUGCCCGUUGAACAUCAAGGGUGAUCCCAGUACUUGUGGCUUUAUCCGCUCUGAGGCAGAGUAUGAGGCCUUGGAAGCACAUCCACGGCGGUGCGAAGCUGCAGGUGGUGACUGGUGCGCCGAAUUGAAGGAUUUGAAGCAAGAAUUGGCAGAGGUGAAGGAAAAGCUUGAUAGAUUUGGAGCUGCGGUUUGGAAGCAGAAGUCUGAACAAGAGUCUAGGAAGUUGCAGAUUGUGCUUGAGUCAUCAGUUGUAGUGCCUCUGUUAGUAGGCCUUGUAGGUGUUCUAUUUGGUGUUGUUGUUGCUGAAAUGUGGAAGUGAGAUGCUCAGAAAUGAAUGAAAUGCUGACUUGUUUGAAUGCUA